AUGAGAAGAUCUGUUUCAGAGUCUUUAGCGAAAGAUGACAUCGAUUUAGGAUCUGAAGAUGAAGCAAUUAGAACUGCCGAACAUCAAGAUCAUCCAAACCCAAUCGAUUCAAGAAAUUUAAUUCCAUCAAAAAACGAUGAUGAGGAUUUAUCGGAUUUAUUUCAAAAGGUCUUGAAACUUGAAGAUACAAGGGAUUUUUGUAAACCUAGACGUUGGCCAUCACAACUUAGCCAUGAACAAUCUCAAGUGGUAGAACAGCUUUUGAACAAAUCAAGAGCAACAAUUGACUUACCAGGUGCUUCAUGUACUGUAGAAGAUCUUUCAAGACUCAAACCAAAUCGGUGGUUAAAUGAUGAAUUGAUCAAUUUUUAUGGAAUCAUGAUUAACUUGCGAAGUAGAAACUACCAUCAAAACCCAAAGUUUCACAAUGUGCAUUGUUUUUCUAGUUUCUUCAUGACUCGUUUUGAUGCCGAUGGAUAUCAAGCCGUACAAAGAUGGACUAAAAAAUUUAAUUUAUUUGAAAAAGAUUUGAUUAUUUUUCCUAUCAAUAUAAAGAAUUCACAUUGGAUUUGUGGGGUGAUCAAUCUUAAGAUGAAAAGGUUUGAAGUUUUAGAUAGUUUUGGAUUCAAACAUUUGGGGAUCUUAAAGAAAUUAAGGAGUUAUUUGAUGGCCGAAUCGAAAUCUGAAAUGGAUUUGUCAGAAUGGAUUGAUUAUAACCAUCCAGAGAUUCCCACUCAAGAUAAUGCCUAUGAUUGUGGAGUAUUUGUCUGUAUUUUUAUGGAUUGUUUGAGUAGGAACUGGGGGAAUGACCAAGUCAUAUUUGAUAUUGAGCAAAAGGAUUUGAUCUAUCUCAGACAAAAGAUUUUGUAUGAG